AUGGCGGAUUCGAGUCCUGCAAGUUUCUUGACUCAAGCCGACGCUUUACUUAGGAAGAAUUUAGUCUUCCAGAAACGGAACAUAUGGAGCAAUGUACGUCUCAUCACGAUCCCUUUCUUCCUCUGUCUACUUCUCCUUGUUGUUCAGAUGCUCUUCGACACUCAGUUCAACGCUGUCCAUGGUCAAUGUGGCUGCUUAAAUGAGAAAACUUGUGGCUUAAGGUAUUCCACUUCAGAGCAAGCAGCGUUUUGCGCCAUUCCUAAUCCACCAGAAUGGACUCCACUACUUCAAAUCCCGGCUCCUCAAUACCGUGCCGCGACACCAUACCCGAACCAUUCUUCCCCCGCAACUUUUCUCUUCACCGGGACUAAUCAGUCGCUCGGAAAAAUUCUAAUGAGAAACAUGUAUAGUGAUUCAUCUAAGUUUGAUGGAGAUUUAGCUAAUUAUGUCUUGGGCUCAUCAUCUUUACCUGGAUACACCAAUUAUAUGGACUCUGCUUUCAUCUCGGAUCUUCCCAUCUACAACAUCCAACAUGAAUGCUCACCAAACUCUUCUUUCUCAAUCUUAAUUCACCAAUCACCUCUUGUUUUCCCCAAAGAGGUAAACUGUGUCCAAGGACUAAAUCUGUGGCGGAAUAGUUCUUCCGAUGUGAACAUGGACCUUUUCAAGGGUUAUCGAAAAGGAAAUCCGGAUGAGAAGAUCAACGAGUAUGCUGCAGCUUUUGAUUUUCAGAACACAAAUGGGAACAAUCUCAAUGUAUGUGUUUGGUACAAUUCUAGUUACAAGAACGAUACAGCGGUUCGGCCUAUGGCUCUGAUUCGAGUCCCUCGCUUAGUUAAUCUGGCAUCUAAUGCAUAUCUCGAGUUCCUUAAAGGUUUUGAGACAAAGAUACUCUUUGAGUACAUGAAAGAAAUGCCUAAACCAGAGACUAAACUGAGCCUAGACAUCGCAUCUCUAAUCGGCCCGCUCUUCUUCACAUGGGUCAUUCUGUUGUUAUUCCCUGUGAUCUUAACAACUUUGGUCUAUGAGAAACAACAAAGGUUAAGAAUGAUGAUGAAAAUGCAUGGACUUGGUGAUGCUCCUUACUGGAUAGUUUCAUACACCUACUUUCUUCUCAUUUCGAUUCUAUACAUGUUGUGCUUCGCGAUAUUCGGUUCAACCAUAGGGUUAAACUUCUUCAGACUUAAUGACUAUAGUAUCCAGCUUGUGUUCUUCCUGAUAUGCAUAAAUCUUCAAAUAUCAGUCGCCUUCUUAGCCUCUGCAAUGUUUUCAGAUGUUAAAACUGCUACAGUUAUAGCAUACAUAUAUGUCUUUGGAACCGGGCUUCUAGGAAUCUUUCUUUUCCAAUUCUUCUUGGAAGUUCCUCUUUUCCCAAGAGGAUGGAUCAUUGCAAUGGAGUUGUACCCUGGAUUUUCUUUGUACCGCGGGCUAUAUGAGUUAUCACAAUCUGCAUUUGUGGGAGACUACCGCGGGGUUGAUGGAAUGAGAUGGAGAGAUUUUGAGAAUGGAAUGAAAGAAGUGACUAUUAUCAUGCUCAUUGAGUGGUUGUUACUGCUUGUUUCAGCAUAUUACAUUGAUCAAAUCACUUACUCUAGGAAACAUCCACUGUUUUUCCUGCAAAACUCUUCAAAGAAGAAACAACAUCACUCCUCUCAUAGCCAAAUUUCCAAAGUUGUUGUCGAAAUGGAGAAACCAGAUGUGUGUCAGGAGAGGGAGAAAGUAGAGCAGUGUCUACUCGAAUCAACUGGAAUCUGCACGGUUUUAUGUAAUAAUCUGAAGAAGGUGUACUCGGGUAAGGACGGGAAUCCUCAGAAACUCGCGGUAAGAGGAUUAUCUCUUGCUUUACCUCAAGGAGAAUGCUUUGGCAUGCUUGGUCCUAAUGGAGCUGGAAAAACUUCUUUUAUCAACAUGAUGACAGGAAUCAUUAAACCAUCAUCUGGAACAGCAUUUGUACAAGGUCUUGACAUACUAACCGAUAUGGACCAGAUAUAUACAGCAAUUGGAGUUUGUCCGCAACACGACCUUUUGUGGGAGAAAUUGAGUGGAAAGGAACAUCUACUCUUUUAUGGAAGGCUCAAGAAUCUAAAAGGUCUUGUCUUAACACAAGCUGUGGAAGAGUCGCUUCGUAGUGUCAACCUUUUUCAUGGAGGAAAUGGCGACAAACAAGUUGGCAAAUACAGCGGAGGGAUGAAGAGACGUCUCAGCGUCGCCAUUUCUCUUAUAGGGAACCCCAAAGUCGUUUACAUGGAUGAGCCAAGUACCGGGCUUGAUCCAGCAUCAAGGAAGAGUUUAUGGGACGUAGUGAAACGGGCUAAGCGAAAAGGGGCGAUAAUACUCACCACACAUUCAAUGGAAGAAGCUGAAGUUUUAUGUGAUCGUCUAGGAAUUUUCGUCGAUGGGAGUUUGCAAUGCAUAGGCAAUCCAAAGGAGUUGAAGGGUAGAUAUGGAGGAUCCUAUGUAUUGACUGUGACAACCUCAGAGGAACACGAGCAAGAGGUGGAGCAAUUGGUGCAUAAUAUCUCUGAAAAUGUAAAGAAGAUAUAUCGAACCGCGGGAACCCAGAAAUUUGAGCUCCCAAAGCAAGAGGUGAAGAUUGCUAAGGUGUUUCAGGCGGUGGAGAAGGCGAAGAUGAUGUUUCCGGUGGUUGCUUGGGGACUUGCAGACACAACUCUUGAAGAUGUAUUUGUAAAGGUUGCUCAAGCUUCUUGA